AUGGAAAAGAUCGACACGAGCCCGAGCAUCUCGCAGCUCCGUCCGCACGCGCCGCGCGAGCUGCUCGCUGCGGCCCCCGCCGUCGCGCGGUGCUCCCCGCAGCAGAGCGUGUUCCAGAGCAUGUGGAUCGGCGCGACCGCCGGCAUGGGCGGCAUCGUGGCCGUGUACCCCGUGGACGUGGUCAAGACGCGCAUGCAGAACAGCCGUGUGGCCACGAGCGCCGUGCAGACGCUCACGAGCAUCUUCCGCACCGAAGGCGUGGCGUCGUUCUACAAGGGGCUGGGGCCGCAGCUGCUGGGGACGAUCCCCGACAAGGCCGUGUCGCUCGCCACGCGCGAGUUUGUCAAGGGCUUCUUCGCGCACCCGAACGAGUUUAAGGCGUCGCUCACGUCGGCCGCUGUCUCGGGCAUCAUGCAGUCGCUCGUGAUGAACCCCGUGGAGGUCGUGAAGGUCCGUCUGCAGCUCGACAGCUCGUUGCAGCCGCUGGGCGUGCUCCGCGACGUGGGCCUCCAGGGCCUCUACCGCGGCUACGCGGCCUGCUUGGCGCGCGACGUGCUCUUUGCCUCGACGUACUUUACGCUGUACGACUUGGCCAAGACGCAGCUCGGCGUGCAGGACGGCACGUCGCUCGGCUGGUCGAUGGUCGCGGCCUCGACCGCGGGCAUUCCCGCCGCGUUCCUCACGACGCCGCUCGACCUGCUCAAGACGCGCAUGCAGUCGCGCGACGCGACGGUGCGCGGCUUUGUCAACACGUACCGACAGGUGACGGCGCAGGGCGGACUGGGCGUGCUGUUUAACGGAUGGGGCCCGCGCGUGAGCCGCAUUGCCCCGCAGUUUGGCAUUGUGCUCGUGUCGUUUGACUGGCUCUCGCACCGCUUUAGUCCGGCAGCAGCAGCAGCCGCCGCCGCCAGCGGUGGGCCCGAGACUGCCGACGACUGA